AUGCUCGCUGCACUCUGGCAGCUGCCCCUUGGGUACUUGACGGCUGGCAUGGACUAUGCCCGAGCGGUGCUGUCUGGAGUGCAUACGACUUUAGCGCAGCUCAUUGUCCAGUAUACGGUCCCUCCAUCUCCUAUUCGUACCGUUGAUACAGUUCUCGACGCGAUUUACUCUCUCGAGCUGGACGAUACGAUCCCAGGCGACUGGGUGCAACAGCUAUCCCUUGACAGACUCUGGCUCAGUGAGCACUUACGGAACCCAGAGUUCACUUACUUCCUCUGUCAAGAGACAUACAAGAGAUACCGUCACGGAGGAAUGCCCCAAGACUUGCUCGCUGCGGUCUUCCUCGCCAGAGAGACGCUCCAGGUCUUCGGAGCUGAGCCUCCGUCUUCGUUCCAUCUCCCUUCGGCCCCUCCUGACCGUCACUCACGUGCGAUUAAUAGUGGGAACGAGCCGGAUCUGAAGGCAAAGGCGGCGAUCGUUUAUGCAGAUCUGACCGGGUGUCUCUUCGAGCGCGAAAAGAACCCUCGGAACUAUGCCAUCGCCAUUCGUUCCGCCGUCUACGCUGUCCGAGAAUCCGCCUCGGCGAGCGUGAAGGCCCUAGCCUUGGAUGUGCUGAGCAACAUCUACGAGCUCAAGUGGCAGAAGGACCACAUACUUGGCGAUCUCUCCGACAGCAUCGAGGCUUCCAAAUCGGCCCUAGAGCUCUGCGCUCGAGACAACGAACACUGGCCUGUCAUUGCUGACAACUACGCGGGCCAUCUGGAGCUACGUUUCAGCCAGACUCACGACCGGGACGACAUUGGCGCGGCGAUCGCGUUGAGCACACAGGUGUAUAAGCAAGCAGCGAGAGAUUAUGACCGCGCCAGGACGGCCGCAAACCUAGGUGCCAAAUUUCAGGCGCGGGCGAGACAAAGUGCGACCCCACGCGUAGAACGAGAGCAAGAUUUCGAUCGGAGCGUCGAUUUCGCCCGCAUUGCCUUUCAGUUGACGCCCCCGGGCCACCCAGAGCGAUGGCUGCGGCUCCGGAACUUGUCGGCUGCGGUUUUUGCCAGGGGUAAAUUUAGACAUCAUCAUCAGGACCUUGUAGACGCCAUAUUCCACGCUAGGGAAGCUCUUGCUGCUGUGCCACCCUUGUCAGCCGUACGCGAGCGGCUGAUCAUCCAUCUCGCCGACGUCCUGGAGCUGCACUACACAGAGACGGGGGAUCCGAGCAUGAGGGAUUUGGACGAGAUCAAUGAAUGUAUCCGCUGGACUAGGGAAGUUAAAAUUCUGUACCAGCACGAAGAUCACCGAGGGGACAGCGUCUACCAAAUCCGUCGCUGGAACUCGAUCUUGAGCUUACUCUCACGGCGCAUCUUCCUGAAGUACGAGCAGACACAAGACCCCGAAGAUGCUGGUGAAGCGAUGAGACUCGCAGAACUCAUGUUGGACAAGGAUGGCUCUCCACUUGGAAGCAACGCUAGGUUCCAAUGGCCUCCGCCUGGUCGUGCCGGCGAAGGCGCGGAACCGGGACCCGCUGUCGAUGAUGAUGAGCAUGAUGGCAGGCUGGACAUGAUGACGGGUGUCAGAGGUGGGGAAUUCCAUGAAGCGGAGUGUGCAGAAGAAGGCGGCGGCCGCUGCGGGCCGUUCGACCCUUUGCAGCCGGCCUUCCGUCAUCACCCACACGAUGACUCGUAUCUGGGCGACCCUCUCCUACUACCCUCAGAAAAGAUCCCGCCUAAUGCAGGUUAUGGGUACUGGCUAGAGAACCUGCCGCAUCGGACAGGCGCUGAGGCGCGACGGGGCGCGCAUUCCACCGUUGCCUUCUUCGCAGGUUUGGCGACUCUAUGGCGGAGAAUCCUGGGCCGACGCGGAGGGCGACUUGAUAUGCUCUGCGGGGCGACUGACUAUGUGUUCGACAGGGCGAGAGCCGACAGGGCGGAUGCCGGAAAGUGGUACGCUGAGCAAACACGAGAUCUCCUAAGAUACUUGGUUGACAGCAUCGAGACGGAAGACCAUGUCAACACGAUCUGGGGGUGGAUUUACAACAGUCCUGACGCUUCCCGGGCCCCGCUGCUGCGCCUAUUCGCCUCGCAACUCGCCCGGUACGGCAGCAACAAGCCAUCUCCGGAGUCGGUGACGGAGUUGAGAAUCCUGGCUUUGAAGAAGGCGGUCCAACUGAGUCCAUCCGGCACGGAGCCUUUGUUAAGGGCGCGAUGUCUAGCGGACCUAGCCGAUGCAUAUAGUGCCGCAUUCUCGCUAACCGGAACCCAGGAGUACUUCGAGACGGCGAGAGGACAUGCCAGGGAAGCCACCAGGCUAGGAUUUGUGGGCAGCGCCAUCAACAGAGACCCCAAAGUGUGCCUCCCCCUGAUCGCUCUCCUCCUGGACAGAUACUGGCUGGCGGGUUUCCUGGAUGACAUGCAACAGUCCAUCCAGCUGGUCACUGAAAGCGCCUUGUCGCUUAACAGCGCGGAUGAGACUUUUGCGGACGCGCUCCAGAUUCUGGCUGUUGCGCUGCAAGAGCGUUCUAGUCGGACCAAAGCGCGCCUGGACCUGGAAGAGGCCCUCCUCUUUGCGAGAACGGCGCUGAGCUCGGGCCGGUUGUCGAAACGGCUGCUGGUCACCCUUCUUAAUGUCAUCGCCGCCAUCUAUGCGGCCCAAUACCAGACAGGUAAGGAGGUCGACAUCUUGGACAGGCAGAUCCAGGCCGGAGAGAUGGCCUGCCGGGUGGUAGACCGCGGAGACACGCAGAUACGCCUGGCCUUCCACAACCUCUCACUCGGGUUCCGCGCACGAUUCCAGAACGCCCGAGAAAAGUCCUCGCACACCAGCGUCUUUGACAUCGAAAGAGCCGUUGCGACAGAAAUCCUGGCCAUCGCAUUCUCAGCCUCCCGGGUUGUCAACCGGGCCCGGCUUUGGAUGUCGUUGGGAAACACAUACAUGGCUCGAUACGACGCCUUUGGCGUACAGCGAGACAGAGCCGAUGCUGUGAGGGCGUACCUGCAGGCGGCUAGAGUCGCAAACGCGGGAAGCCCGCUCGUCCGAAUCACGGCGCUGACGACGGCGGCGCGGCUGCAGGCAUCCAUGGACAGGCCUGCCGACGCCCUGACGUCUUUUGAACGGGCCAUAGAGCUGUUCGCAACGCUGAGUGCACGCGGAAUGAGCCACGACAACAAGCAAUCUCUCCUGUCCGAUGUCGGCGGUGUUCCCAGUGAUGCGGCCGCCGCGGCGCUUCUUCUGCUGGGAACAAGUGGCGAUGGGCCGCUGUGGGCUGUCAAGCUGUUGGAGCAGGGACGGGGCCUCAUCAUUGGGACCAUUAUUGAGGAGAGAAGUGAGGCACGCCAGCUGCUGAGGAUCGAUCCGGUUCUUCACCGGCGCUUUCGCGAUCUCCAGCUCCGUCUCGCGGCUAGGAGGGAGCACGAACCUUCUAGGAGGGUGCUAGCCUACUAUGAUAGCGCCAAUGGCCAUCAGCCUUUGGCGGCAGAAGAAGAAGACCUUGAUGCCGAGAUGGAGCGGUUACUUGGGCAGAUCCGCGACCUUGACGGAAUGAGCCACUUUUUCCUCGCCCCAAGCCGCGAGGAGCUCCAGGAUGUCUCCAAAGAGGGAGCUGUCAUCAUGGUCUUCAACAGCGCCGUCUUCACUAAGUCCUUUGCAAUAAUAUCAACCCGAGGAUAUACAAAGGCUGUAGAACUGCCAGAGAUAACAACCGAGACGAUUCAGAGAAACUUGGACGUCCUGCGCCGAGUCCGGAAAUUGGCACAUGAACAGUAUUUCAAGAGAGGCCGCAGAUUGAUCCCCGUACUGGAAUGGCUCUGGACGGCUGCGGUAAAGCCAAUACUGCACUCCAUGGGGUGGCGCGCUCAUGCUGGCGACAGCUCGCAUCUCGUCAGUCACAGUGUAAAAGACCUGCCGAGGGUCUGGUGGAUCGGGGUCGGCUUGCUCGCACACUUCCCGUUCCACGCCGCGGGAUGCUAUGGCGGCGACACACCAGGAGAGUCUGCGAUGGAUGUCGUGAACUCAACCUACGUCCCGACUCUCAAGUCGCUCUUGUACGCACGAGAGAAGCGGGCGGCGCUUGCCGACACGGCCCACGCGAAGGUUUGUUUUGUUGCAAUGGAGACCACGCCGGGAUACCCGCGACUAGACGGCGUCGAAAACGAAGCACAGCUUAUUCAAGCGGCGUUUCCUGGCGACUGCGUCAGUCGCAUCACGCCUGUCACGACGCUGGUUCAUCCUACAGCUGCACAAGUCGCCGACCAUAUUGGACACUGCGACGUGCUCCACCUCGCGUGUCACGCCGAGUCCGAUCUGACUAACCCUUCACGUAGCCGCCUGAUCUUGGCCAGAACGGAUCCCGACGGCCGCGGCAUGGACCGGCCAGACGAGUUGUUUGUGGAGGACAUCAUGCGGAGGUCCUCGUCGGCAGGGGCUGCGGCCGGGAUUGCGUUCCUCCGGGCUUGCUACAGCGCUGACAACCCGGCAGUCGGGCUAUCGGACGAGGCCAUCCACCUGGCUUCGGCCUUUCACCUCGCUGGCUUCAACCACGUCCUCGCCACCCUGUGGAGCACGCGGAACGACUCGUGUAGAGCAGUAGCGGAGAAGUUCUACACGUAUCUUUUUCAAGGCGCCCAGGAGCCGACCCACAGAAGCGUAGCCGUGGCUUUUCAUCGCGCGGUGAACGACCUGAGAGAGGACAGUUGGACAAAUCCCCUCCUCUGGGCGUCCUUUGUACACGUUGGCGCUUGA